UUUGUGCCUUAAAACAUCAUGGCGGCCACAAAAACCUCGCAGAUUAGAGAUCACUAAGUGAUGGAUGAGGGCAAGUGUUUAUAAUGGCGUGUCUGAAAUCUUGGUGAUUAUAUUCUUAAGUGAAGGUAGCCCUUAUGGGUUGGGAAAGAACUUGCUCCCCUCCACUCCUAUGCAAGCAGUUCACCAGAGCUGAAGUCUGGUACCAUGGGGGAUCCAUUCCAAGCCUCACUUUGACCAGAGUCUCUCUAUUUCCUGAGAUGGGAGGAGUGUUUGGGUCCAAAUGAGGUCGGUCUUGUGGUGGUUGUUGGUGAGACACCCACAUGCAAUGCAUGCCUAAUGGGUGAAGAAAGUAACUUUGAUAAAGCAUCAGAAGACGAAUCCACUUCUUUGGGGCAAACUUAUGAUUACAGUUCUAUAAUGCACUAUGCAAGUAACGGUUCUGCAAAAAGACGUCAUUUAAACGUACUACAACCCUUAAUGGAAAUUAAUGGUGAGACACCGAUUCUUGGUCAAAGAAAUGGUCUCAGCCAAGGCGAUAUUAUGACGGCAAAUCUUCUGUACCACUGUCUCAAAUGUGGUGGAACUUUAUUUGAGCCCAAAGGUAUUCUCAGUCCUCUGACACAAGAAGGCAUACAGCUUGAUGUUCAACAUUGCCAAUGGACAAUCAGAGCAGCUGAAGGACAUCGAAUCAAACUUUCAAUAAAAUCAUUGAAUAUUCGUGAGAGCUUUGAUUGUUUAAUGAAUUAUCUGGAAAUUCGAAAUGGCUACGGGAAAAACAAUGUUGCUAUAGCUUAUUAUUGUGGAAAAUAUGAUACAACUCUGACAGUUAAUAGUAAUAUUGUGCAAAUAUUAUCGGUAAGAACUCAAGUUGAAAAUGAUAAGUCGACUUGUCUAAUAGAGUACGAGGCCGUGUGCAAUGACGAUAUUUACGUUAAACAUAAUGAUACAUUUUACUUGGAAUCACCAAAUUAUCCGGAACAAUAUGGACCCAACAACUUGUGUGAUUGGCGGAUUAGUGCACCAGAGGAUCAUUUUAUAUCAAUGAAGUUUUAUCAUUUUGAGUUACAAAAUAGUCCCGGUUGUAAAAGUGAUUUUUUUGAAGUACGAGAUGGUGACAAUAUUCAGGCUCCAAUUAGUGGAAUUUAUUGCGGAAAAAAUGACAAUUUGGAAGUUAUGUCCACAAGACCAUUUAUGUUUCUCAGAUUUAUUACCGAUGAAUCGGAAAACGGGAAUGGAUUCUCUGCUGUAAUUACUGCGCAACCAAAGAAUGUUCAAAAUUGAUGAAAAAAUCAAUUGCUAUUCAUUAUUGUCACCCGAUUUAAAACAUUCUUAUGUUGCUAUUUGUAUUGUCGUCACAAAAAUAAUAAUAAAUAACAAAACAAGUUUGUGU